CCACCAACAUCACGACUGUGCCAGUUGAGAAAAAAGAGGCGUCAGUGACAGAAGUGGCAGUAAAAGAGAUUGAAAAGGCAGCGUGUAGAGAAGUUUAUAAAAUUAUAACUGAAGAUAAAUUGCUAGCAGGCAGCGCAAAGGAAUCCACAGUCGCACUCAGCAACAUGGUGCAGGAUGAAAAAGUAGCCGCCGAUGGCGCCGAUGAGCAAAUGCUCGGCGCGGAUGAGAAAUUGGCCGAGCGUCGGGAUGAGGUUAAGUUCAUCAAAGGUGAUCAGCAGAAUGGUGACGCCAAGAUAGAUAUUGGAAAUCCUAAUGGCAAGCAGGCCUUUACUGGCAUGUCCAAGGAGGAGCUCAUGAAGUACGCCAACGAUCCGUUCUGGGUGCGCUUGCGUUGGAUAUUCUUCGUUUGUUUCUGGGCCAUUUGGGUGGGCAUGCUGGUGGGCGCUAUACUCAUUAUUGUGGGCGCACCCAAGUGCGCUGCUCCGCAACCGCUGCCCUGGUAUAAGCGUGGCGUGCACGCCAAGUUCGGUAGCUUGGAUGACGCCUCGCCCAAAGAUAUAAAUGUUGUGGAGAAAUUGCAAGCAGCUGGUGCCAUUUAUGAAUUGCCGGCCGCACUCACCUAUCAGGUCAAGGAGCGUAAUGUGGAGGCACAAAUCAAGGAACUGGUGGAUCAUUACAAGAACAGUGAUGUGCGUGUCAUUUUGGAUUUGACACCCAACAUCAUGAGCAAAGAUUCACGUUUGGUUAAGGAGGCACUCACCGAUGUGACCAAACGCGAUGCCUUCGUUUGGGUCAACGGUGCUGGAGCCGCCGAGCCAACGAAUUGGCUCAAAGUGGGCGGCAAUCGCACGGCCUGGGAGAAAGUUGGCGAUAGCUAUGUGCUGUCGCAAUUCGAUGAUGGCUUCUAUGAUCUGAAAAUGAAUAACUCGCUGGUGCGUCAGGAGUUUGGAGAUGUACUGCAACAUCUUAUUGGACUAGGCGUGCAUGGAUUCCGUCUCAAGAACACUAAAUUCUUUAUGCUAACUCCAAAUCUGGCCGAUGAAGAUGUUUCUACCUUCCCGAAGGACUUGAACUCCGAUGUGAGCAGCUACGGUUUCUACAAUCACAAGCGCACCGCCUUCCAAGAAGGUCUGGGCGAUGUGCUCUACGACUACCUCAGUAUUGUGAAGAACGCCUCCGCCGAUGCCUUCCUAUCAGUGGCCGAGGACAUUAUUCGACCCAGUGCCUAUGAAAUAAGCAAUGCCGGCCCUCUAGGCAUUGAUUUGCCCAUAUAUGGCCGAUUCGUGCACACAUUAAGCUCUCCAUUGCCUAAUGAGAAUGUGCAACUGUCUCUGAACCAAACAUUGGAAAUGGGCAAAGGCUGGUUGCAAUGGGACUUCGGAGUUGUGGAAGCAAAGCCCAAAAUACAUCAUUCGGCAAUUGCGCUCUUCAUGUCCUUGCUGCCGGGCGUACCAGUGGUACCGGCGAACUCUUUCAUGUAUAAUGAAGUGUCGGCACAGACUUACACCAACAUCGAACUGUUGCGCAAGUCUCCUUCGUAUAUGCAUGGCGAAAUCAAGAUGUAUAGCGCUGAUCCGUUGGUGGCCUAUUCCAGGCAAAGAAUAAAGUCUGGCAAUCCCGGCUACUUUGUGCUCCUCAAUCCCACCGAUCAGCCUGUGAAGGGCAAUUUCGUCGAUGUUCACGAUCUGCCGGAUAAAAUGACUGUCCUGCAUGUUAGUGAUGAUUAUCUCAACAAUAACGCCACCAAAGUGCAAGUCAAAGCCAAAUUUGGCAUUGCCGAAUUGGAACUGGAGCCGUAUUCCACGGUUAUCUUAACUUAUGUGCCUGUCAAGGCUGAAUAAGCGCAAGGCCCUUUAGCUGCCAGACGCACAUGACAAUACACAACAAUAAUAUAACUAAACGCGUUUGUAAUGCUGUUCAAAAAAUAUUAUAUACCGAUCAUUAUAAAUUAUAUGUAACACUGACAUUUUAUGCCGCAUGUUACAAGGUUUGUGGAACAAUACGAAAAAAAACUCAAGAAGUUGUUGAAAAUAUUAUUUCGAAAAACACUUCCGUUUGCAGACCAUUUGCUUAAAAUAUAUAAAAAUUGCUUGCAUUUAAA